AUGCAGCGCUGUAAAUCUAUCUUCGACAAACCGACAAGUUCCGAUGAACUUGGACGAGCUUAUGCGAGAACUUACAAAGGAUUCUCAAGCGACAGGAUGAAUCACACGAUGCCGGUGUGCAUCGAUCACCUUAACGAUUUGAUGGACGGUAGCAUGGAAGAGCUUUCUCAGACAAUGGAUAUGGAUUCAACGAUGGUAGAACAAUCGCUCACUGAUGAUCUCGCCACCCUUCGAAUGAACGACGAGGAACUUGAGAAGCAUCAAGAGGAAAAGCGCAGGCAAGCCACAUACAAGACUUCAAUGUGUCGAGCAGUGAAAAAUGCAGAGCAGUGUCCUUAUGGAGAGAAAUGCACGUUUGCUCAUGAUAUCUCUGAACUCAGACAAACCGAGGCUCGCGGAAAGAGGCAUCCCAAGUACAAGACGCAACUCUGCUCAAAAUUCUCGCAAACAGGAUUCUGUCGAUAUGGAGACCGAUGCAUGUACAUUCAUCACCUCAAGAACCAGAAAGUCAUAGACCACCGAAAAAAUAUGGGAAUUCCGCUCGGAGCGAAUCGUCGCCCUGAGAUGAUAGAUUCGAUGGCUGUCAACCAGCAGUCAAAUCCUCGUCCAUUGAUGUCUAGAAUUCUACCAGCGGAGCCACCCUUUUAUGAAGAGCAUCGAGAACAAACACACGUUCUUCGCUAUACUCCUCCAUGGGCUUCGAACGUUGAAUCACGCCAUAACAUGAGUUUGCCAUUGUCGUAUCCACAAUAUCAAUCAGAAAACUCGGUUCGUCAAUCAAAUAUGCACCCCACCAAUAAUCGCUCAACUCGUCAGCCUCUAUUUUCUCGCAAUCACAAUCGAUUCGACUCUGGAAUG